GUUCAAAUAACACUUUUCCACAAUUGUACCAAUGAUCUCAAUCUUUGCCCCUCUUGUGCUUGUGUUAACCAUACUAACACAUACCACAUAUGCUCAAAACUCACCACAAGACUACCUCAAUGCUCACAACCGAGCACGUUCUGAAGUAGGUGUCGGUCCUAUAACAUGGGAUGCAAACGUUGCAUCUUUUGCAAAGAACUAUGUGAACCAGCUUAAAGGAAGUUGCCAGUUAGUGCACUCUGGAGGCCAAUACGGAGAAAAUCUAGCUUGGGGCAGUCCUGACCUUACUGCAACAGCUGCUGUCGAUAUGUGGAUCGAUGAGAUACAAAACUACGACUACGAUUCUAACUCUUGUUUCAAUGGUGAGUGCUUGCAUUAUACUCAAGUCGUUUGGCGCGAUUCGGUUCGUCUUGGUUGUGCUAGGGUGAAGUGUAACAAUGGCCGUGGCACUAUUAUUAGCUGUAACUAUGAUCCACCAGGCAACUUUAUUGGUGAGAGACCUUAUGAGAAUAGUCCUUUUGAAAUACCAUUGAGCUUUAGCAAACAUGAUGACAAGUAAUUAAAGGUGUUCAAUACUAUUGAACAGUUUAUGUUAUUAUCAGUGUGAAAAAUAAAUGGAUGAGUGGCAAUUCUGUAUAUUUUCAUAUGCAAUUUUGUGGCUUUUCUUGUUAUUAUGCAUAUUUUUCUUUUAGGUUUGGUGGGUUCAGCCUUUUGUUCUUUGUGUAAUUGUAUUCUUAACGUCAAUUCUUGUACACCGCGGGGAAUUGAUUCUUUAUAAUAUAUUUGGUUGAUAAAAUAAA